AUGGAGCCCCCUUCUGUUUCUCCACGCAGAGGCCAUGUCCCCUGGCAGGGUCUCCUGCUGGCAGCCUGCCUUCUAACUGUUGGGAUUUCGCCCACCAUGGCCAAAUACACAGUGGAACCUGCACCGCCCAUCGCUGCUGAAGGCACGGACACGCUUCUCCUCCUCCACAGCCCACCACAGAAUGCUCAAUUCUAUAGCUGGUUCAAGGGAGAAAUAUCUAAUGCAAGCCUUCGGCUUGGACUCUUCCACUAG